AUGGCUUCGCGAGUAGGUGAAUCGACCGUUGCGGCAGCAGGUGCUAGAGAAGAUAAUGCUGUGGCUGUCGAUGAGUCGACCGUUACAGCAGCAGGUGCCGUUGACGGUAAUGCUGCGGACGUUAGCAAUUCCGCAGCAAACGUUAACGAAUCGCGGUUUUACGGGGCUCAAGGCGAUGAAGAUAAUGUUGCGGCUGUCAGCAAUUUCGCAGCAGACACUAGCGAAUCAGGGUUCGAGGGACCUCAAGUCGAUGAGAUGACCGUUACAGCAGCAGGUGCGAGUGAGGAUAACGCUGCGCCUGUCGAUGAAUCGGCAAUUGCGGCAGCAGGUGAUAGGGACGGUAAUGCUUCUGGUAGAGAGUCAGCACCUGAUAAUGACGGUGCCACACUUGCACAAGCCGGUGCCACAGUGUUACAAGACGGUGCUGCAGUGUUACAAGACGAUGCUACAGUGUUACACGACCGUGCUACAGUGUUACACGACCGUGCUACAGUGUUACACGACCGUGCUACAGUGGUACAUGUCCACGUGCUCUCAACCAAGGGAGACGAUCUUCGGACGGAGCCCUUGCAGAAGGAACCGGAGCUGCCGCAGUCAGUUCAGGCAGAAGUGCCCCCUGCCGAACCAGCCCUUGCCGAACCAGCCCUUGCCGAACCAGCCCUUGCCGAACCAGCCCUCGCCGAAACAGCCAUCUCCAAACCAACCCUCGCCGAACCAGCCCUCGCCGAACCUGAACAGGAGGUACGGGUGCAGAGGGAGGGCGCGGGAGGGGAGCAAGAGCUGUCUGCAGGUUCGGCAGCGGAAGGCAGCAUGGAGAUGAGCGGAGGGGAAGCGGGCGCGGAAAGGGAGUGCGUGGGGCUGAGCGCAGGGGAAGCGGGUGCGGAAAGGGAGUGCGUGGGGCUGAGCGCAGGGGAAGCGGGUGCGGAAAGGGAGUGCGUGGGGCUGAGCGCAGGGGAAGCGGGUGCGGAAGGGAAAUGCGUUGGGCUGAGCGCAGGGGAAGCGGGCGUGGAGGAGGGCAGCAUGGGGUUGAGCGGAGGGAAAGCGGAAGCGGAAGGAGACUUAUCCGCCACAGCAGUCACAGCGGGCAAUGUUGAGCUACCCCCGGGUUCAGCCCACCACAGGGCUUUAACUGAAGCAAUAGGUGUGGCGUCCACCAGUCAACACGCAGUGGCCGCACAAGCACGCCGGGCAAUACUGAGUCAGCUUAUAGGGGAGCUGGAGGCGAUCCAGCCAGGCACGACAGGGAAGGAGGCCCAGCCGCAGGAGGAGGAGGGGGCAGCAGGCAAGGCCGAGGGCGGAUUCAACAGGGGAAAUGAGGAGAGCACGUGCGUGGGUGUGACCUCACAGGAUGGUGAGAGCUCUGAUGAUGAUGAAGAUGAAGAUUUGGAGAAGAUGUUCACCUUUUCAGGGCCGGUUGGGGUGGAAAAACAGAGGGCGGAUGGGAGGUUGGCAGGGGAGUGCAAGGAGAUGGAGGUGGGUGCAGAGGUGGGGGGUGUGUGUAAGCAGAGAGUGAGGGGUGCGGGUGGGAGGGCAGUGCCAGGGCACAGGUGGCAGGCGUGGAGUGGUCAGCUGCUUGGGGGAGGAAAGAGGCUGUUUGGAAGGGUGCCGUCUGUGGUGCAGCGGGCACGAGGGGGGGGCGGAGGAGGAGGUGGAGGGGGUUGUGGGGGUGGGGGUGGGGGUGGCAAGGCGUCGUCUCACGUGUGGCCUGACGUGUACGGCUGUGCGGGGCUGAGCGUUGGUGUGGGAGAAGUGAAAGAUUCUGAGAAGUAG